AAGACCACAAGACAACAAGACAACAAGACAACAAGACAACAAGACAACAAGACAACAAGACAACAAGACAAGAAUAGCUAUAGAUAGUCUGGCUGGGUUACAUUUUUGAGCAGUGACGGGGAUACGAACCUUGGCAUUUCGAACCUUGGUGCGUAUUUAGAAAGUGACACGGCCAAGACUAAGACCAGAGCAAGACAAGGCAAGUCAGUCUACGGAUCAGCAACGGAGCGACGGGGCGACGGAGCGACGGAGCGACGGGAGCGACGAUAGGAUAGGGGGAGCGAAAAAAGGAAAUGGUGGAGAUGGGUAGCGAUGGGUGGGGGAGGGAGAUGUGGAAAUGGGUGGAAAUGGGUGGAAAUGGGUGGAAAUGGGUGGAGAUGUGGAAAUGGGUGGACAUGGGUUGUAGUAGAUUUGGUACUUUGGGGAUGGCGGGGACUUGCGACUGGCGCCAAGAAAGUGAGGUGUGUCUUGUACUCUGAGAUAUCCCACGUCGAUAUUGGAUGUACUGUACCAGCCACCAGCCACCGGCCACCGCCACCGCCCACCGCCCACCGCCCACCGCCGGCCACCGCCCACCGCCCAUCCACCAUCAUCCACCUGACAGAGCCGCCGUCGCACCACCGACGGCUGAGGUGGGUAUGUCGACGCGCUGAAGAACAGACAGAACAGACAGAACAACGCACCGAGAGUGGGUGGUUGGUACUGUAUCCACCCACAACGUCUGUAUCCACAAUGUCUGUAUCCGCCCACUGUGUACCUCCUCCCCGAGACAGGAAAAAAGAAAAAGAAAAAGAAAAAGAACAAGAAAAAAACAGAAAGGAAAAAGAAAGGAAAAAGAAAGGAGAAAGAAAAAGGGUGCAUACACGAGGCGGCGCCACGCUGAGCUAUUGAUCUGUAUCCAUCCGCGUGUCCAUCAGCGUAUCCAUCCGGUAUCCAUCACCGUAUCCAUCCGGUAUCCAUCACCGUAUCCAUCCGCGUGUUCAGCGGGCCAAGCUCAACGUGAGGGUCGAUCGAUUGUACCACACUGGAAUAUAAUCAUUAAAUAUUCAAAUUCGGAAGCCGGCCAUUGUUCACAGGGCGAAACUACUCUACAUACUACUAAACUCAUGCUCACUAGUACUUUGGUAUAGCGCGUAAUACCUUUCUCCGUCAGGGAGCUAAAGUGGCAGACAUUGGGGAGGUUUAACUUGACGUCGGGACAAACUGAUGCUCCAAACAAUAUUGUACGUCUGGAACUGGAUUCUAGGCUGUAAAUUAUUUCCUCUUUAAAAGGCACCCCAUUACGGUCUGGAUAGCGCCCCAGUGAAUGUGACAAUCAUCCAGUGCGCCCAAUGAACAUGAUGCCGCGUUAAUCCCGUUGAACCUACCCCGCUAUUUACCUGAUUCUUGAGGCCUUAAUUGUUCCAUCAGGAUCAGGGACCACACU